AUGGCUAUUCCAACACGUACGCUCGGCACAAAUGGUCCAGCAGUCCCAGCCUUGGGCUUUGGCCUGAUGAGCAUUGGCGGCACGUAUGGUAGUGCCCCAAGCGACACAGAGCGCACUGCGUUACUUGACCAUGCUCAUGCCAUUGGCGAGAGAUUCUGGGAUACUGCUGAUGUAUACAUGGACUCCGAAGAUGCUGUGGGCUUGUGGAACAAAGGCAACCCUGAAAAGCGCAAGGAAAUCUUCCUCGCCACUAAGUUUGGUAUUCAAUUCGACCCCGAAACAUACACCCAAAUCAUGCGUUCCGACCCAGAAUACGUGAAAGAGGCCUGUGAGAAGAGCCUCAAACGGUUGGAAACAGAUUAUAUUGAUUUGUACUAUUGCCAUCGCGUGGACGGAAAGACCCCUAUCGAGAAGACAGUGGAGGCGAUGGUUGAAUUGAAGAACCAGGGAAAAAUCCGCCACCUCGGCCUGAGUGAGGUAUCGGCGGCGACUCUUCGACGUGCUCACGCCGUGCACCCAAUAGCCGCAAUCCAACUGGAGUACAGUCCCUUUGCAGUGGACAUUGAAGAGCCUCAGAUCAAUCUCUUUGAGACGGCACGCGAACUUGGUAUUGCGAUUGUUGCCUAUAGUCCUAUUGGUCGUGGUCUUUUGACUGGGAGAUACAAGUCUCACGAGGAUAUCAAGGAUCCCUUUCUGCUUCUUUUGCCACGGUACUCCAAGGAAAACUUCCCUAAGAUGUUGGAAGUAAUUGAAACAAUUGAAUCGAUUGCAGCAAAAAAGGGAAUUUCAUCUGCCCAAGUCGCUAUUGCCUGGGUGCUGAGCCGUGGCGAAAAUGUCUUUGCUAUCCCGGGAACACGGAGCAUCAAGUACUUGGACGAGAACUUUGCAUCUUUAAACGUUGAACUGAGCUUGGAGGAGAAGAACUUGAUUACUAAAAUUGUCAAUGCUACCAAACUAGAUGGAGGACGAUACCCCGACGGAUUUCCUGACGUGUAUGAAUUUGGUGAAACACCGGCUUUGUGA